CAUUAUUGAGUUUGACUAAACGCAAGAUUUGACUCCGUGUCAAACUGAGACCACACAUGUUUGACGCAAUCAGGUAUAUGCAACUGAAAGAGGAAAGAACAUGUUGGACAAUGCCAUGUUGGACAAUGGCUGGCAAUACACGCAAAGCCUCUGGGAAGUCUUCCACAAUACAGUCUUCCUGGGGCAGACACUGAAAAGUACCGAAAUUGUUCCACAGCCGGCCCAAUGCUUCAAGAUACAUGUACCGAAUGGUGGAGAGCUUGCCACGGCAACCGAAUUCUUUUUGGCCUCCUCUCAUGAUCACCCAUGUGCAGGCUUGGAUUGGAUUGUGUUGUUGUACUUGUUCCUUGUGGUUCAUUGCUGCUCGUGGUUUUCUCGAUGGCUCGUCUGGGAACCAUUUGCGAGAUGGCGUUUAGGAGUUUCAUCCAACUGUGGCGACGCAACAACCAAGCGAAAGAUUGAAAACUUUAGCCAGUCGGUAAAUGCGGCGUCCUUUCAUAUUCUGUCGUCCAUAUUUGUGUGGCGCAUCUUGAGCCAGAAAGAGUGGCUUUGGUCCACGGAGGCAUGGGGAGAUCCCACGGCCCUCUCUUCCAUUGAACCCGACUUCAAGUUCUACUAUCUGCUCUAUGCUGCGAGGUAUAUAUCAGAUAUGUUGUCGCUGUACUACGAAAACAAGAGGAGUGACACUCUUGCCUAUGCAAUUCAUCAUGUUGCCACAGUGGCGCUCGUACUUCUCUCAGGGCAUGUAGGACUCACACGCGUCGGUGGAGUCAUCAUGUUCUUUUUUGACUGGACGGAUCCAUUUAUGUUGAUUGCCAAGGCACUGGUGUAUCUCUCUCGCAAACCUACCGACAUCUACCAGUGGUUGGCGGACCGCCUAUUUGAGCUCUUUGCCGUGUCAUUCUUUUUGACUCGAAACCUCAUGUUCAGCUGUGUUGUGUAUGUCGUUUUCCAGUACGACUUCAACGACUAUCCUGAGAUUCCGGCCACUGCUGCUUUCAUCCUGAAAUCCAUGCUGAUAGUGCUGGAAUUGCUCAUGACAUUUUGGCUGGUCCUCAUCAUCAAGGCAGCCAUCAACCAGCUAUCCAAUGAGGGCAAUGUGGAAGACAUAAGAGAAGAUGAGUUCACAACAACAAAGAAAAAGAAAGGGAUCUAACAUUGGUGCACAAUUCGCUUAGUGAUCCACUCAAACAACUUUGCAAACAUGUUUGGUUGGUACCAGCAUGCUAGUUACGCCAAAAUUCCUGAUCGUGCGUAUCCUCGCACGGUUCAUCCCAUAGAUCUCCAUCCUCCUUCCCCAGUGAUGAUUCAAAUCAUGGGAGCUGCAUAUAGUUGCAUGCUACACACCAGCACAAAGGUCCACGGUGAGUCGAGUCGUUCAUUGGUUGACAUUUCGCUUGGACGAUGCACGCAAAUACUACAAGAAGUGCAAGCAAGCCCUUUGAGAAUGAAGCACACCUCUAUGGAUCGAAAGCUCCCAAAUAGAUCCUACGGUUCAAAGUACAUGUAGAAGGUACUACCAUGCCUCCAACUUUUUAGGAUUAUCCACAGCUUCCAUAGGCCCUGCUUGCAGGUUUCCCCGACUUCUGCACACGUCAUAGUGCAGCUGUGGCCUUGUCUUUCUGGAUGCACUCAUGCAAAGUUGGACAACGGUUGCCACAGCAGCAAUGCUGGCAUCAGAACCAAUGGUACCGGUAUCUAGAUGUGUCACUCCUCCCCUUAUCAUAAUAGCAGUCACUGGCUUCAGUCUGUGCUGGAACGGCAUAAAGGAUGGGUCAUCUUCUACUACACUGUGUAUCGCUAAGAGUGCUAGCUACAUGUUAGGUUGGCACUGGUAUUGAACUUUGUGA